UCCCCGUCACCGUCACCGUUCCCCCUUCCCCCUCUCUUUUCUUCCAAUCAACUAUCAUGCCCCCCAAGCGUGGUCGCAACAAGACCAACGCUGGUCGCCCGAAGGCUGCCAAGACCCCCGCGCCCACCAAGGCCGCGGAGGUUGUGGACCCCACGCUCGACACCACUCCUGUGGAUGCUCCCCCUCUUGUUUCCAGCGAGCCCGCCUCUCCCCAGACCGAGGGGGUCUCCGUUGAUGCCGACACCACCGAGGAGGCUGCCGCCGAGGCUGUCGCUGAGGUGACCGUCGAUACUGCUGAGGUCGCCGAGUCUGUUGCCGAGGAGGUUGUCGUCGCGGAGGCCGCUGAGGAGACUGCCGUUGAGGAGGUCGUCGAGCCUACUGUUGAGGAGGCUGUCCCGACCACUGAGGAGGUCGCCCAGGAGGUCGCCAUUGAGAGCGUCGAGGAAACCUCUUCCGAGGCCGCUAUCGAGGAGACCACUGUCGAGGAGGUUGCCAUCGAGGAGGUCGCCAUCGAGGAGGCCACCAUCGAGGAAGUCACUGCCGAGGAGGUCGCCGUUGAGGAGGCCACCAUCGAGGAGGCCACCGUCGAGGAGGCCACCGUCGAGGAGGUUGUUGAGACCAUUGUCGAGGAGGUCACCGAGGAGGCCACCGUCGAGGUCGUCGAGGCCACCGUCGAGGAGGUCACCGAGGAGGCUACCAUCGAGGAGGCCACCGUCGAGGAGGUCGUCGAGGAGGUCACCGAGGAGGCCACCGUCGAGGAGGUCGCCGUCGAGGAGGUCGCCGAGGUCGUCGAGGCCACCGAGGAGGUCGUCGAGGAGGUCGUUGAGGCCACCGUCGAGGAGGCCACCGUCGAGGAGGCCACCGUCGAGGAGGCCACCGUCGAGGAGGCCACUGUUGAGGUCGUCGAGGAGGUCGUCGAGGAGGUCGUCGAGGAGGUCGUCGAGGAGGUCGUCGAGGAGGUCGUCGAGGAGGUCGUCGAGGCCACCGUCGAGGCCACCGUCGAGGCCACCGUCGAGGCCACCGUCGAGGCCACCGUCGAGGCCACCGUCGAGGCCACCGUCGCGGCCACCGUCGAGGCCACCGUCGAGGCCACCGUCGAGGAAGCCACUGAGGUUGUCGAGGCUGAGGCUGCUGCUGAGGGCAUCACCGCGGAGGAGGCCGCCAUCGAGGCCGCCGUCGAGGCCGCCCUUGCGCAGGUCGCCGAUGACAUCAUUGACACCAUUGUCGGCACCAUUGUCGAGACUACCGAGGAGGCCAUCAAUGAGACCGCCGUCGAGGAUGCCUCCGAGGCUCCCGAGACCCCGAUCGCGGAUCUCUCUGACGAGCUGGCCGUCGCCAGGCUGGCUGCCCUCGUCGAGGAGGUUGCCGCUGCGCAGGAGGAGAUCAUCAAGGACGGGGAGCAUUCCGCCCCGGUCUUUGCCAUGCCCUCCGAGCUGACUGCAGCUUCCCCUGGCUCUUCCACGACCACGGCCGAGGAGGCUACCGCCUCCAACGAGGAGGCCGCCUCGGGCCAGCUUUUCUCCACUUCCCCGGCCGACGGUUUCAUGUCUCCCGAGGAGGCGGUUGAUCUGCUUGCCACUCUGACGAAGGAGCUUGUUGCCAAGGACGCCGCCCUCAUCCAGUCGGAUGAUGUCCCCCCGGCCGCCGCUUCCGUCGAUGCCGAUGAGGUCCUUUGCUCCUCGCCCUCCGCCGGCCAGGUGGUGGCCGACAAGGGCCUGCCCAUCGCUGACAGCACUCCUGAUGCCCGGCCCGCCGGUGAGUUGAAUCCGAUUACCCUGUGUUCGGAGUCGCUGGCCAGCCGGGGCCUCAUGCCCGGCUGGUCUACCCUCCGUGGGCAGGCGCCCUUCGAGGCGGCUGACGACCAGCUCCUGGGCGAUCUGGUUCCCACCUACCCCCAUGAGGCCACUUACAGCUUCACCUUCACUCGUGAGCUGAACCUCAUCCAGGUCCGCUCGACUUCGCUGCUCCCCUUCACCGAGGAUGAUGUCCAGGUUCUGGUGCAUGGGCGCGAGUUGGUGGUCACCAUCGCCGACACCCCGUCGCCGAUCAUCUUCGGCACGCUCUUCGGCGACAUCAAGCCCGAGGCCUGCCGCUGGUCUGUGUCCUCGCGCGGCCAGCUGACCAGCCUGUACAUCGAGCUGAUCACCGACGGCCCGGCCGACUGGCCGGCCUUCCUGGUCCCGGGUGAGACUGGUGCCAUGGACCCCCACUCGCAGCUUCUCUUCGCCCGCCUGCAGGGCAUGGACGAGGGCCACAACACCCUGGUCAACUCCGCCAAGCAGGGCCACAAGCAGGCCAUCCUGCUGUACCUCCUCAAGUACUCCGACGUCAGGUGCGACCGCAUGUCGGCUGUUGAGUUCCAGGGGUUCCUGGAUGUGCUGAAGGUGGCAUCCCGCAAUGGCGAUGGCGAGGCCUGCUUGACGCUGGGCCUGCUGCAUCUCCAGGGCCAUGCCUAUCUGGAGGCCAACCCCGCCAAGGCCCUCCUCCUGCUUGAGGCCUACACCGAGAAGAUGCCUGCUCGGGCCAACGCCACGGAGACGCCCACGCUCGACAGCGCCACCCGGGAGACCGUGCAUCCGCUGGCCCUGGCGCACUUCUUCGCCGGCGCCAUUCACGAGGCCGGUGUUGCUGGCAAGCGUGACAUCGACCGUGCGCGUGCCCAUUUCAAGGAUGCCACCCUCUGGCCCGCUGUGGCCGAGUUCCAGAACGCCUGCUUCCACAUGGCCACCCACGUCGAGGGGUCCACCUCCCGUGAGGAGGACUUCAAGAUCUGGCGCGAUUCGGCGGUCGUCGGUGCACAUGCCAAGCAGGCAAAGGGCUCCAUGCCGGUGGGCACGCCUCUGGAGCUGGCUUGCCUGCUGCUCCCGGCGGCGGACAAGCUGCGCGAUCUCCCGGAGCUGUCGGCCAUCGCCCAGGCGGUGGAGGCGGCCCCGGCCGGGGUUCUGCCCGAAAUGUCGCCGGCUGAGAUCUCCAUCGUGCGUCAGGCGCUGGUGGAUGUGGUGUACAGCAGCCCCAAGAGCCAGCAGCUGCCGGCGGAUUCGGUCUUCUUCCCGUCGCCUGCCUCUUGGACCUCGUGGUUGACCCUGCCGGUCAUCGGUGUGGCUGCCGCCGCCGCCACUGCCGUGGCUGCUGGUGUUGUGGUCGCCCUGGGCAACCGCCGCUGAUGAUGCGAUGAAGGGGGGGGGGGGG